UACAUAUUUUUUUUCACCUCGUGUUUUUUUCCACCAUGAGUUACAUCCACAAGCUGCUGAAUGUUUUGCUACGUGGACUCGUCAUCUAUGCGGUACUGGGCUUGGAGUGCACUUACUCGAAUGAUCUGCCCAGCCAGACAUCUGAUGCUGCAAAUGUAGCCACCACAGACCCCUGUCUCAUAGUGAUGCCGCCAUGCAUGGGCGAGGCCGACCGCUUCAGUCUGGAGGCGCUGCGGCACAUCCACAAACAGCUGGACGACGACAACGACGGGGGGAUAGAGGUCAACGAGAGUGUGGAGUUUAUAAUAGAAGACAUGAAGCAGCAGCAAACCAACAAACACAGCAACCUGCACCGCGAAGACCAGCACAUCACUGUGGAGGAGCUGUGGAAGGGCUGGAAGACCUCCGAAGUCCACAACUGGACCGUGGAGCACGCGGUGCAGUGGCUGAAGGAGUCGGUGGAGCUGCCGCAAUACGAGAAGAACUUCAGGGACUUCCGGGUCACAGGGAACACCUUACCUCGAAUAGCGGCAAAUGAACCGUCGUUUAUGUCGAUGCAGCUGAAGAUAUUAGACCAGCGGCAUAAACAAAAACUAAACCUAAAGGCACUAGAUGCAGUGCUGUUUGGCCCUCCUCUCCGUCCACAGCAUAACUUGAUGAAAGACUUUGUCCUGAUGGUUUCCAUAGUGAUUGGCGUUGGGGGCUGCUGGUUUGCAUACGUUCAGAACAAGUCCAGCAAGGUGCACAUCUCUCAGAUGAUGAAGGAUCUGGAGAGCCUGCAGCAUGCCGAGCAAAGCCUGUUAGACCUGCAGAGCCGGCUGGAAAAGGCUCAGGAGGAGAACCGGACAGUAGCCGUGGAGAAGCAGAACCUCGAGCAGAAGAUGAGGGAUGAAAUCACCGGGGCCAAAACGGAGGCUCAUAGGCUUCGAGAGCUGCGAGAGGGCGCCGAGUGCGAACUCAGCCGGCUCAAAUACGCUGAGGAGGAGCUAGUACAGGUGCGAAAGGCUCUGAAGCGAGCAGAGAAGGAGAUGCAGUCAGAGCGGUCGGUGCCCGAAGCUCUUCAGAAGUGGCUCCAGCUCACGCACGAGGUGGAGGUUCAGUACUACAACAUCAAGAAACAGAACGCUGAGUUUCAGCUGUGCGUCGCUAAAGAUGAGGCAGAGAAAAUAAAAAAGAAAAGAGGUUCUGUGUUUGGAACUCUUCAUGUAGCCCACAGUUCAUCGCUGGAUGAGGUGGACCACAAGAUACUAGAAGCAAAGAAAGCCCUGUCAGAGGUAACGGCGUGCCUGAGGGAGCGGCUGCACCGCUGGCAGCAGAUCGAGAAGCUUUGCAACUUCCCUGUGGUCAAUAACGCGGGGCUGCCGAGCCUGACGGCCAGCCUCUACUCAGACCACAGCUGGGUGGUCAUGCCGCGAGUCUCUGUGCCUCCCUACCCCAUCGCAGGGGGAGUGGAUGACCUAGACGAGGACACGCCUCCCAUCAUUCCGCAGUUCACAACGACCACGUUGAUCCGGCCAUCCCUGACCCGCAGCAGCAGCCUGUGUCGUUCCCGCCGGAGCCUGCUGAGCUCGCCACAGUCCUCGCUGAUGUCCCCAGACCCCGACCUGCUGUCCAUGGCCAGCUCUUCCCUCUCCUAUCGCCCCGAGGCAGACGACGAACAUAUCUUGUUCAGCUCGGAUAGGAGGGGGGAACCGGUUCAAGAGGGCAGCUCCGACACAGACUCUCUCAGCUCCUCCAUGGGCCGCAAGCAGCUGCACAACCCCUGCACGCCGGGCUCGGACACCCCGUACCGCAAGAUCUCCCGCGAGGAGCUGCUGCUGUUCAGCCAGAACCCGGAGCUUCCCGCGUCCACCGCCGCCGCCUCCACCACCCACACCACCAGCAGCAGCAGCAGCAGCAGUCUCAGGGACUCCACACCUCCCCCACGCGCCUUUCCGCCCGCCGCUCUGGUCCCACUUGCGGCCACACCCCGCUCGGGCCCGCCCUGCACCUGCGCGCGGUUCGCCGCGCCUUGGAGCAGCCCAUCGUUUUGCACGCACUUUGGGGAGGGCCACUCGUACGACGGCAGAAGGCAUGUACACGGCAUCCUGGACGAAGUCUACAGCUGCUCGGACAGGCCUGUCCGCCGGCGGGAGCUAUUGCUGUCCUACACGUGGUUGCCCACCUCGUCUCUUUACGCCUCCUGGACAGAGAAGCUCCGCAUCGAAUCUCCUUUUCAUCAAUUCGGCACACUAGGAGAGGAGCCGGAGCGUCUGCUGGUGAUGAAUGUGUUGUUUGGGCACUACUAUACACAGCAACAAAUCCCAGCCUUUCACACUGGCUCACCUUAUUGGCCCCGGCCUCAGAGGUGCAGUUACUGCGACGGCCACAUGGUGUCAGCAGAGCAUCAGAGGAAACCAGCCAUAUCAGCCACUCCCUGA